UGGGUGGGGAAGUCAGGUAGUGGAGGGAGGAGAAGUAUUUGUUGACAUGUGAUAAGAAAUAUGUAACGAAAGAGCUAUAGAGCGGCAUACACUUUUUGUUGAAGGUUGAUAAUGUCUAACAAAGCUGGAAGCAAUGCUCCCACUUAAGAACAUGUUCCUUUUUACCAUUGCUAUGACAAUUAUAGUGUUAUAUUUUGUAUGGAGCUCUCAAGGCAAGGAGUUUGGGAGACAUUAUGAUCAUCGAGAACAUGUAUUCCUGUGCCACAUGUCAUUUGAGGACAGCAGGAAUAAAAAUGUGGAUAACAUACCCACAAUUUAUUUUAUUACACCCACAUAUCCAAGGAGGGAGCAAGCAGCAGAACUUACAAGGUUAGGGCAAACAUUGAUGCAUAUACCUAACCUGCAUUGGAUUGUUGCUGAUGAUAACAUGGUUUGCAGUGCAAUGAUAACAAAACUCUUGAAAAAAUUUGGUAUUCCUUUCACCCACAUUGCAAGCCCAAUGCCAGAGGUGUAUCGCAAAGCAGAUAUUGUUCCAAGAGGUGUAGCCAAUAGACGAGCUGCACUCAGCUGGAUAAGAAAGCAUGUGAAGAAUGGUGUGAUAUAUUUUGGAGAUGAUGAUAAUACAUUUGAUUUAGAGCUCUUUGAAGAAAUUCGUGGUACGAAGCGAGUUUCAAUGUUCCCAGUUGGUCUCAUUGGUGACUAUGCAGUUAGUUCUCCUGUGUUAAGAAAGGGAAGAGUUAUAGGAUUUUUUGAUUCAUGGCCAUCCAAGAGAAAGUUUCCAGUAGACAUGGCUGGAUUUGCUGUGAAUGUUGAGUUUUUAUUGGAACAUCCAAAUGCAACCAUGCCAUACAAAGCUGGAUAUGAAGAGGACCACUUUCUUCGAAGUCUUCACUUAAAAUUGGAGGAUAUCGAACCAAAAGGAAACUCGUGCACUCAGAAAAUGGGCAUACUUCUGACUUUUUGUAUGCUGCUGGGUUCUUGUGUGGCAUACACAGACUACGAAGAAAUCCCGAUCUGUGAUAAAAAUUGGAAGCUAUCUCGAUACAAACUUGAAACUACUACUAGAGGAACUUCGUUAUCUUGGAAUGGGUGAUGUUAGUUCAACAAAAGGGGCAGCAGCCUACUUAACAAAGGAUGGGCACACACAGACGAUAUAACCAUUCCUAAUGUGUUUGCUAACUUUUGACACAUUAUCUGCACAAAGUUAUGACUGCAAUAACACUCUGUUGCAGUCUUAUAUCACAAAUAGUGGCUCAAUCUAGAACUUGUCAUUUAAUGUAGUGGUAGACAAUAUUUAUGAUUAAAUAGGAUGACAUUCUCAUCGAUUGAAGUAUGGUACUGAAUUUGUACAAAUAUUAUUUAUUAAAAAGAAGUAGAUUUAUUCCAGUUUAGAUAUUUGAAAUGGGUGAUAAAUUAAGUAAUUAUAAGAUUUUUGAGAAUUCAGAAUAUUUCAUAUAUCUGAUUUUGAUCGUUUUUCUAGUCAUACAUUUCAGCGGCAAGGAGUUCUGAUAAAGAUAUUGUUCAUUGGUAGUCAUGCUUUUGCUGAGGGAUCUACCGACCUAUUUCAUAAGAAAAUAUAGUGAUUAACUAUAGCUGCAAUAUUAAACUUCACAAAGACAUUUGAGAUUAUAUAUUUUAAGUAGAUUGUUAAGUUAAUUUAGCUUUUGGUGCAACUUUUAUCUUUCAUAGGCAUUUGGGGUAAAAAAGAAAAAGAAAUAUAUUUCUGUGUGAGUCAAUUCAUACAACAUUUGCAGUGGGAUGAUAAACAUAGAAAUCAGAAUUAAAGGAGUUAACACAGAGUUUACAUCUGUCCUUGUAUUGCAUAAAUAUUAAGUUUAAUAGUUCCACACAAGAACAUAGAACAAAACGUUGGCAACAAUAUCAGACAUCAUACCAGGAUUUAUCGUAACUGUCUAAGGGGAAACACAGUAUUUUUCAAUCAGGUAUGGAAUAUCAACAAAAACAAUAGUAUUUUCUCUUUAAACAUUGUGUGAAAACAUGUCUCUGUUUGCAGUGCCUCACAAGUUCCUGCAUCUACUUAAUGAUUGUAUGAUUAAAGCACAGUCAGGAUUUCUAUGUCCUUACACCAUUAAAUUAGGAUUAAACUAUUUAUUUAUAUGUACAUUUAGUUUUAUAGCUCUUAUUAUUGAAGCUUUAAUACUGUUUGCAAUACAGUUGGUUAUUGAUACACCCAGGACUUGGGAUUUGAAAGAGAUAACUACUUCACUUAGCUUUCAGAAAAAGCAUUUAGUCUUCAUUUUGAGGUUUGAAAAUAGGGUCUCAUUACCAUUCUGCAAGAAUUAAAAAACACAGAUUUGUAUUGUGUAUAAAUAACGUAAUUUAAUAUCCUGACAAAGACAAGGUAAAACUUGUGUGGGAUGAUGUCUUAAUGGUAGGGAAACAAAACUAUAUUUCUAUGUUGAAUGCAAUAUCGUAUGUUGGUUGUGUUGAGAUGUAAGAUUUAAAACAAAAUUGUCAAUAAGCACAAGAUUAAUACCUCUUACUGCUAAAUUACUUUAUCAGACGUUGGUACAAUACGAGCAUUGUAAUUGGCAGGGGAUGUUAGAAGUGAAUUUAAGCAAUUCUGCCUACCCCUUCACUCUCAGAAUAUCCCUUUUUAUUGCCAUUGUCAAGGACGUUAAACCCAAAUCUUAAUUCCUUGUGGUUUGACAAAGAGAAAGUAACAUUCAGAAUAUAAUGAAAUUGACAUAUCAUUUUGUGUAUUUCCAGUGUGGUUUGGUGUCUAAAACUUCAUUAGUCUAGGAUUAAAGCCUUUCAGUAGUCCUGUGGUGUUUUUUCACCUUUGCUUCUUUCACCUCCUGCAGUGAUUUGGAAGUAUGAAAAAUAUCAAGUUGCUCUAUGGUUUGGAAUCCAUGUUAAACUGUAGGACCUCUAUAGCUGACCAAGUCCGUUCAAAGGUCAGAGAAAGGCAAGAGCUUAGCACCUCCAAUAGCACCAUACCCAGUGUGAAGUACUAUGAUUUUGAAAUCACAUUUACAUUUUUCAAACUACAAGUUCAGCUCAGAAUUCUUGCUACAAAGCAACUUGUCAUAUGUUGUAAGGUAACAUACUGACAAGGGAACCUCCCCAUCGCACCCCCUUCAGAUUUAGUUAUAAGUUGGCACAGUGGAUAGGUCUUGAAAAACUGAACACAUAUCAAUCAAGAAAACAGGAAGAAGUUGUAUGGAACUAUGAAAAAAAUUAAUAAAAUAUACAAACUGAGUAGUCCAUGCGCAACAUAGGCAACAUUCAGGAGAAUUUCAGCUCGGCAGCAUCGUGGUCCCGUGGUUAGCGUGAGUAGCUGCGGAGCGAGAGGUUCUCGGUUCAAGUCUUCCCCCGACUGAACAUUUUACUUUCUAUAUUUUCGCAAAGUUAUGAUCUGUCCGUUCGUUCAUUGACGUCUCUGUUCACUGUAAUAAGUUUAGUGUCUGUGUUUUCUGACUGCACCGCAAAACCGUGCGAUUAGUAAACGAAAGGACGUGCCUCUCCAAUGGGAACCGAAAAAAUUUGAUCGCAAGGUCAUAGGUCAACCGAUUCCUCCACAGGAAAACAUGUCUGAUAUAUUCUAUACGACACUGGUGACGGCAUGUGCGUCACAUGACAGGAAUAUGUUGUCAGCCCACCUAACUUGUACACUUAGCGAAUGGGUAAAAAGAUUCUUCUACCUUGCCCGAUUUAGGUUUUCUUGUGGAUGUGAUAAUCACUCCCAAAAAAAGUGAUGAAAACAUAAGAGUUUGUCACAUAAACUGAAAAUAAAAAAUUAAACUUUUCACUCGUGGGAAGACUUGAACUUAGGACCUCUUGUUAACCACGGGACCACGGCGCUCCUUGAUUCCCAGUCUCCUUGACUCCCAGUCUCCUUGAUGUUGCCUAUCUUAAAAUGGACUACUUAGUUUGUAUAUUGUACUAAUUUUUUACAUAGUUCCACACAACUACUUCCUGUUUUCUCGAUUUAUCUGUGUUCAGUUUUUCAAGGCCUAUCCACUGUGCCAACUUAUAACUAAAUCUGAGGGGGAUGCGAUGGGGAGGUUCCCUUGUGAGUGCUUUUAUUUCCUUUAGUUAAUUUUGAUUUAUCUUUGGCUCACAUCUGUUGCUGAUUUAUCUCAGCAUCAUUACAACAAAGUAAGUUUAAACAGUAGUAUUUUUCAAGUACGUGAUAGGAUUUAAUUUGACUGCCUAGGCUGUGCAUAAUGUCAUCUGUAUUAACUGUAAAUCUUCUGCUGUUUCACAGUUAACAUAUUUUAAAAUUUUUUAUUUCAUGCUCACACUGUACUAUUACUGUCUGCCAUAUUAUUUGUCAUGUAGUAUUAGGUUGCUGCGAUUUUAAAUUGUGUCUUCCAUAUUUGACUUCAUUUUCUGUAAGUUUGAACCAUUUGUACAAAUUAUGCAGUUUUCAAGCUCUUAUGUAUAUACUGUUUUUCAUACCAGCUUUAUGCUUUUUAAAUUAUAAUUUUCAUUUACUGUAGAUUACAUUUCAUUUUCGUAUAUUUAUUGAUAACAUAAUUCAUAUUCUGUUAAUGCUAAUAGUAAUACUUGUACUAUUGGAAGCAACAGGAUUUGUUUCAUUAUUACACAAUAAAUUGCUAAGCUGUAAUUGUGAAAAUGAACGGCUGCACAAACAUUUCUUAACAUAUGAGCUGAAAUAACUGAAAUAAUAGCCAGAGGACAGAGAAAAUACUAACUGCUCUUGAUAAUAUAAAGGCGAUGUCAGUAUUUUAUCAACAUAUUCAGAGUGUUUUCUGAAUAUCAUUCAAUCCUCAUGUAGCUGAAGACUUUUACUGUGAAUAGUAAAAUGUUCACCACAGUUUUGUAUAAAUGUUUCUAUUUUGAAUGUUGAAAAGUUUCCCAGGUAAUUAUACAUAUUGAUGUGACAUAUCGACAGUUAAUAUCAAGUUACUGAAUUCAGGAUAAUGUAAAAAGAGUAGCAGCCACUAUGUAAGUUUGUAAUCAGUGUUUGCAAUUUAUUGCCUGUAUGAUGUGGGGAAUUAAACUUUGUGUUGAAAAUUUUCCCUAAGAAAUUAUACAUAUUGAUGUUACAUAUACAUUCUUAACACCUGGUUAUUGAAUUCAGGAUCUGUUAAAAAUAGUUGCCUCAGAGUUUGAAAAUUAUUGCAUACAUUACUUUCCCAUGUUAAGUGUUGAACAUUGACUAUAUUUAAUCACAUUAGUGGAGUAGGGGCAAUAACAGCUGUGAUAAAUCCAAAACUUUUAACUUUGAUCUUUUUUUUUUUUUUUUUUGUACUAAGUAUUUUUCAGCUAAUGGAGUUGGUACAUUGUUGUAGGUUUAAUAUAUUCACAAUGCUCACAAUUACUUUUAUGGAUACUGUCUUGUAAAAAGAAAUGUGUAGUGAAAAAAUAUUUAUAUGGAAAAGUUAAGGAAAUUGUUCGCAGUAUCAUUGUUCACAAUAUACUGUGUAUUAAUAAUAUAAUCUGCAUUUUGGCACAUGUUUGUUGCACAAAUCCCCUUCAGCCUCAAGUUCCUUCAUUAAAUGAAAAGACACAAAGCAGUUCAUUAAAAUGAUGGUACUGAUAGCAUUAAAGCUUUAAUUAUUAUGAGAAUUGUUUCUUAUUUUACAUGGUUUAGUGAAAAUGUGUGCAACAAUAGAUGGGACAAACACAGCAGUAACUGAGAUAAUCAUUAAUGAGAAUCUACAUGUAAAUUUUAUGUACUGCUUAUGGUGAAAUAUGGAAAUAAUAUUCCAUUGUUAUUUGCCUUAAAAAGUGCCAUUCAAUUUGUGUGUGCCAUAAUGAUUCUUCAGUCUUCAAAAUGUGUGUUUAAGGCUGUGUGGAGUUGGAGGUUAUUUGAAAAAUAUUGUAGCAAUGCAUUCUUGUAAAUUUUUUAUGUAAAUGACAGUUAUGAAAUAUUUAUUUACUUGUAAAUAUUGCUCACAUGCAAUAUAUUUGCAAAGUAGUGAACACUACAACCAUUUGUUAAAAUGUUAUACAUUCCACAUUGACAAUAAAACACUAAUUUUAAAAAAAAUA